AUGCUAUUGAUCAUUAUAAAAAAUAUAACCUUUCACACCGAUGAUAUAGUUGAUUUUGAUCACCUACCUUCAUAUAAAUUUUACGAACAGUUGACAGAAGAUACGAGUGAAAGUAUAAAUAGUAAAUAUUACAAUGGAUUAAAUGAUUUAACUACAAAAUAUCCAUGGAUUAAUGAUAUAUUAAAAAAAUUAAGGAGAAAUAUAUCACUGGUUCAGAACAAGCACGAUUUUAAUGACGAAUUUAUUAAGAAGGGAUGUUUUGACCUACAUUACUGGUUACAUAAAGAAGUGUUUAAUCAUCUUGAGUCCAAAGCAAGGUAUAGUGAAAUAAAACAUGUUAUCACUAAGAUACAGGAAGUAUGGACAAAUGUAAUUGAUACUGAGUUUUCAAAGGAUGAUUAUAAAUGUUAUCCGGAUAAAAAAUUAUACAUCAAUAUGGGUUUUUUACAAGAAAUUAAGGAUUUAUUCGACUUUUUUGAAGAUUUUGAAGUGAUGAAAAAGGAAAUUAUUGAUGAUACUUUUAAUUCUUGCAAUAAAUAUUUUAAAUACAUUAAGCAAAGAAUCCCAGCAUAUUAUGUUUGGAGAGACACCUGUAAAGUGGAGGGUUCUACUUGUAAGAGAUAUAUUGAUAACUAUAUGAAAUAUCAUCCAGCGAGUAUUGCAUCGGAGUUAAACUACUUUACUGUUAUUUUGACUUAUGCUUACAAGCCAUGUUAUAAUGAUGUUUACAGAGUAUUUGUAGAUGGAAAAAGAAGGCAUAAACGACAAGAUGCCUUAUAUCAAGAAAUUAUGGAAAAAAUUGAACUUGAAGAAGCUGAACAAGAUUUGCUUUCAGCUAGAGCAGCCGAUGCGACACCUGGAAGCCGUUUAUAUAUUAAGCAUGAUAAAAGUAGAUUGAAGUACUAUUUUAUGUGGAGAAGAAUCGUUUAUCUAUAUGAAAAUGUCUUUCCGUAUAUACUUUUGGUAAUUGGUGCAUUUAUUAUAUUUUAUAUUAUGAAAAAAUUAGGUCCCAACAUUAAUUAUGAAGACAUUAAACUAUUAAAUGAUAGUGAUGAAUCUUUAGACACCAAUUCUGAUGAGAGUUCCUAUCAGUUGUCAUACUCUUCCUCAGUAAGUUAA